ACGAUAUGCACACCGAUCGAAAUGUUAGUCAAUCAGCUCCGUUACACUCUGUACUUACAUUAUAAACUCUAAUCACAGCAACAAUACACACACACAUAUAUAUACAAACCUCUUCAACUUAUAAACUUCAAUCCGCCACUACAAGCGAUCUACGGAGAAGCAGAUUCCGAAUUAACAGACAUCGCACACCGCAUACAUUGUUAUAUACGUGAGAAUAAUAAUACUAGCAACAAUAUGUUUCUGUCGUACGCCACCGUGGCUGUCUUUGCUUACGUGAUUCUGUUGAAUAUCUUCUACUUGUACUCGCCCGUCGAAACAAGCGGAACCGGCGUGAAUUACGAGUUAUGCGACGAUUGUCUGGCUUCGGACUGCUACGCCAAUGGGAGGCCAUGCUUAGACACAGGCAACAGCUCGUACCCGUACAUAUGUUUCACGUGUGAUCCCGAACCCACAUAUAAAUAUCUUCAGUUUUAUACUAAAGACGAUUGCAACAAUGGCUGCGAGGGCGUAGGCGAUACGAUGCAGUGCGGUUGUAGCAAAAACUGUUACAUGUGCGUACCAAAAGACUUCGAUUUGAGUUUGUUAUGGGAAUGCGAGAUACCAUGUAACGGUACACCACUAACUAAAACAGUCCUUUUCAGGACUACACAAUAUCGACCAAUCAUAACGCGCCAUAUAAGUAAUCAAAGUAACCAGAACUGUACUACCAAAUAUGAGUGAUUUCAAAGUGGUUAACGACUUAACAAAGCACAGCCAUGGAUAGGGGAGAUUAGGACGAAUCUAACGAAACCCUCCCCAUGGCUGUAACCAAAAAACCCAAUGAAUAAACCACAAACCCGUACCGACAGUAAACACAAUCAUUACGGCGGCACACACGCUAGUUUACUAGUCGGUACGGCGCACGGGAUAUAUACCGGUCGUUUCCCGACCACAACAUCA